AUGGCAACUUCAUCACAAGAAGUUUUACUGAUGGUAAAGAAGAUGUCUCAGAGGAAGCAGGAUGGGGCCCUGCACCUCAUGGCAGAAAAGAGAGCUUGGGCACCUGAAGGCAAAGACAGCAGCUUUACAAUCAGCUCCAAGUACUCUGAUACUGAAAGCCAGAAAAUUAGUCCACUAAGAAAAACUACCACGGAAUGGCAAGGGAGGGAUAGAGGAAAACAUAAGAAGAGACAGCAAGAAAGAGAUUCUGAUGGGAGAAAGUACAGAAACUCUCCUUCACCAGGCAGAAGGAGGACAGAAGGAGCAACCACUCAGAGCUCAUCUGCUCAGGACGAGACCCAGACAAAGAAGAAGAAAGUCCACUUGGAUCCACUCCUCCUCCUCAGAGGUACUGCUUAUAUUCCUCCUGCAAAGCUCAGGAGGAUGCAAGAACAGAUUACUGAUAAAAACAGCUUAGAGUACCAAAGGAUGAGCUGGGAGGCCUUGAAGAAGUCCAUCAAUGGUCUUAUCAAUAAAGUGACCAUUUCUAACAUGGGGAUUAUCAUUCAAGAACUCCUUCAAGAAAAUAUAGUUAGGGGAAGGGGAUUGCUGGCUCGAUCUCUUUUGCAAGCACAAAGGGCAUCUCCAAUCUUUACUCAUGUCUAUGCAGCCCUUGUGGCAAUCAUCAACUCCAAGUUCCCCAACAUUGGAGAACUGAUCCUAAAGAGGCUAAUUGUCAAUUUUAGAAAAGGCUACAGAAGAAAUGAGAAACAGCUCUGUCUAACUGCUGUGAAAUUUGUGGCACACCUUAUGAACCAGAAUGUGGCACAUGAAGUUUUAUGUUUAGAGAUGCUCACCUUACUUCUUGAAAGACCAACAGAUGCUAGUGUGGAAGUAGCCAUUGGAUUUCUUAAAGAGUGUGGCCUGAAAUUAACAGAAGUAUCACCCAGGGGGAUGAAUGCUAUAUUUGAACGCCUUGGCAACAUUCUCCAUGAAUCUGAAAUUGACAGACGGGUUCAGUAUAUGAUUGAAGUGAUGUUUGCAGUAAGGAAGGAUGGAUUCAAGGACCACCCUGUUAUUUUGGAAGGCCUUGAUCUAGUGGAGGAAGAAGACCAGUUCACUCAUCUGCUUCCAUUGGAAGAUGACUAUAAUCCAGAGGAUGUACUUAAUAUCUUCAAGAUGGAUGCUAAUUUUAUGGAAAAUGAAGAGAAAUACAAAAUGAUUAAGAAAGAAAUCCUUGAUGAAGGUGACAGUGAUUCAGACACAGACCAAGAUACUAGAAGCAGUGAAGAUGAGGAGGAGGAAGAAGAGGGAGGUAAAGAUAAAGAAGGACAAAAAGUGACUAUCCUUGACCAAACAGAAACCAGCCUGGUGUCAUUUCGUAGAACAGUUUAUCUCACUAUUCAGUCAAGUUUAGGUGUUGAAGAAUGCACCCACAAAUUACUGAAAAUGGAGUUCCCUGACAGCCAAAGGAAAGAACUUUGCAACAUGAUGCUUGACUGCUGUGCCCAACAGAGGACAUAUGAGAAAUUUUUUGGCUUGUUGGCAGGGCAUUUCUGCAUGCUGCAAAAGGAAUACAUGGAAUGCUUUGAGGAUCUUUUCAAGGAACAAUAUUACACAGUGCACCGCUUGGAAAUCAACCAAUUACGCAAUGUUGCCAAGAUGUUUGCUCAUCUCUUGUGUACUGAUUCACUUCCAUGGAGUCUUCUGAAAUGUAUAACAUUGAGUGAAGAAACUACUACAUCUUCCAGCAGAAUUUUUGUAAAAAUAUUGUUUCAAGAACUUUGUGAAUACAUGGGACUUCCUCAACUUCAUGCAAGACUGAAGGAUGAAACAUUGCAGCCAUUCUUUGAAGGGUUAUUCCCCAGAGACAAUCCAAGAAACACUCGGUUUGCCAUCAACUUCUUUACUUCCAUAGGUCUGGGAGGCUUAACAGAGGAAUUACGAGAACAUCUGAAAAAGGCACCCAAGAUCUUCUUAGCCAAGGAUGUUGAGUCCUCAGAUUCCUCCUCCUCCUCCUCUACCUCUUCAGACUCUUACUCCUCAGACUCUGAUUCUGACAGCAGCAGUGAUAGCAGCUCAGACUCAUCCACUGGCAGUGACUCCUCAUCCACAAGUGGCCAUAGCUCUGACUCAGAUAAAGAUAAAAGGGAAAAAGAACAAAGAAAAAAUAAAGAAACAGAUAAAACAGUUAAGAAAAAGAGAACAGGUGAAAAGAAACAUGAGGAUAAUAAAAUGGAAACAAAGAGACUUUUGCAGAACACUGAGGAACAUAGCCAGUGUGCCAGGUGCAAGGAAGGGCUCAAGCUGUUUUGUGAAGAUGACCAGACACCCCUCUGUCUGAGAUGUUCCCAAAGCCCAGAGCAUGGGGCUCACAAGCUCUCUUCUGUAGAGGAGGCUGCUCACAACUGCAGGGAGAAGCUCCAGCACAUUCAGAGUGACUUGGGCAAGCAUCUGGAGGAAGCUGAGAAACUUCCUGAUGAGGAGGAGACACCUGCUGUUGACUGGCAUUGGACGAUCUCGGGAAAAUAUAACAAACUUCACCACUUCCUCCUGUUGGAAGAAGCCAUAUGUCUUGAAAGGAUAAAGGAAGAGGAGAAGGCAAGCCAGGACAGACUCUCCCAGCAUGCAAAGCCUUUAGGACCUCAUGCUAGGGCUGCAGGAAGCAGGCCACCAACCCAAUGUGCAUCUGCUACAGGAAGUCAAGAAGUUGCUGGGAAGGACUGA